AUGCGUCCUCUCUUCUGCGCUCUGUUAUUGAGGGUUGUGGCUACCGGUUUGCCAGAUGGGCGUCUUCUGGAAGGCGGGAUUUCUGCUCGACUAGGGGUUCGCUAUGCCGACCAGCCAAAACGAUUUCAGCGAGCUAGUUUGGCAAAUGGUUGGAAAGAUGAGCAAGGAAACGCCAUGGACAAACCAGCAAAGGCGUGUCCUCAAGCAAAAUUGAUGCCCGGCCUUGAAACAAGCGAGGAUUGUCUUUUUUUAAACAUUUUUGGACCGACCAAUCCGCCUCCCGCCUCUUCGCUGCUUCCCGUCAUUGUCUACAUCCACGGAGGCGCCUAUAAAUUUGGAAGUGGAAACGAAUUUACCGUGGAAAACUUGGGAAAUUUAUCGAACCAUGACCAAGUUAUAGUGGUUACGGUGCAAUACCGACUGUCAGUCCUGGGCUUUUUCUACCCGCAUUUUCCAUCCUCGAAGUUUCAUGCAAAUCUUGGACUCGAUGACACGCAUUUGGCAAUUAAAUUUAUCUCCAAAAAUAUUCAUGAG